AUGAUUUAUGGGUCAAUGGCACAAGUCUGGUCUCGCAGAACUCAAACUUGUCUGUGUGGAGCAUGUAGGCUUAUCAUAACUCCUCCUCUAGCCCUGCAGUGACAGGGGGACUGGGCAAGAGCAGUCAUCACUUUGCCUUGCACGAGCUCAACACGCUGGGUCUCUCCAUCUCCUGUCACCAAAUCUCCAGGCCUAGAAUAAGGAAUGUGGUAACUCCUGUGGGAUCUCCAGACAAGAAUAAAGAAAGAUGCCAGCUUUGGAGCUGGGGAGGCAGAGGGAUCGCGCCGCUGUCCUGGGGUUAUUCCUCACCACCGCUCUUGUUGUGGCUGUUGAUAGUGCCUGCAAUGCUCCACCACGAUUCCCAUCUGCAGAGCUCAAAGAGCGAUACAAAGGCAUUACCACAUUUGCCUCUAAUUCGGUGGUGCAAUACGUCUGUCGUCCGGGUUACAUGAGAAAUGUUAAUGUCAGAGACUUCCUUACUUGUGGAUGGGGUGACAAGUGGUAUGGACCGGAGGAGAUCUGUAUACCAAAGCCGUGCAUCUACCCUGGAGAGCCAGCCAAUGGCAGACUGGUCCUGUCAGAGAAGUUCAGUUUUGGUUCAGCAGUGAACUUCACCUGCAACACUGGGUACAGACUGGUUGGAAGUCCUCAAAUUUGGUGCGUGGUUAAAAAUGGGGUUGUUACGUGGGACAGAGAUAUUCCCAUCUGUGAGGCAAUCCCGUGUUCACCCCCUCCAGAAAUAGCUAACGGAGAGCACAGCGGAGCAGGCAAAGAGCUCUUUGAGUAUGGAGCAUCCGUCACUUACACAUGCAAUACUGUCAAAAGGGGAGAGAAACCUUUCUCACUGGUGGGAGAUGCCUCCAUUUUCUGUACAACCACAGAUAACGUCAAUGGUGUGUGGAGCAAGCCAGCCCCAAAGUGCAAAGUGGUGAGCUGUGAGCAGCCAAGCGUGGAGAACGGGCAGCUGCUGAGCGGGUACCGGGCUGAGUACACGUAUGGGGACACUGUUGUGUUCGACUGCAACUUCCGCUACAGCCUGAACGGCAGCGACGCAUCCACCUGCAGUGAGAAUGGGCUCUGGGACCCGCUGCCGCCACGCUGUCUGCUCAGUAGCUGUGGUGACCCUCCAGAUGUGCACAAUGCUGCUAAAGCUAAACUUGCUGGCAACCUGUUUCCUGUGGGCACUGUCAUUACCUAUGAGUGCUGGGAGGGCCACCAGUUCAGCCCUGGGGAAGACACAUGGCACAUUAGGUGUCUGCCAGAUUUUACAUGGACUAAAAUCCCCUAUCCCUGUGAAAGAAUCCGUUGCCCAGAUCCAGUCAUCAGCAAUGGAAAGCCCUUAGGUGUACAGGAAGGUCAAGAGGGUUAUGUGUAUGGAGACCUACUGGAAGUUACGUGCAACGAUGGCUAUGCUUUCAAAGGUCACAGCCGUAACGUUAUGCUUCGGUGUACAAGUGAUGGGACGUGGAAUCCAGCAGUGCCAGAGUGCUUUCCAGAACCUCGCUGCCCGAGGCCAGAUACUGCCCACGGAAAAGAGGUUUAUCAAAACAAAAAGGACUACACAGUUGGGACGCGGCUGAGGUUACAGUGUGAUAAUGGCUAUGUCCUCAGGGGCCAGGACAUGACCGAGUGCCAGGCUGAUGCAACCUGGGCUCCCCCGUUACCCUUUUGUGAUAAAGUCUGUGGCCCCCCUCCGCAAAUCUCCAACGGGCGGCACUCUGGCUUGGGACAGGAGCAGUUCUCCUAUGGCACUGAGGUGACGUACAGCUGCGCAGAGGGUCUGUCCCUCAUCGGGGAUGCCACCAUCUACUGCACCUCUGACGACGGGGUGAACCUGGUGUGGAGCGGACCUGCCCCGGAGUGCAGGGUGGUCCGGUGCCCCAGGCCCGUGGUCGAGAGGGGCAGGAUGAGCCCACAGAGAUUCACGUUUCCCUAUGGAGCAGUCGUGCGCUUCUCCUGUGACGAAGGCUUCGUGCUGCGUGGUGAUGCUGAGAGCCGGUGCCUGGCUGACAGCACCUGGCACCCUCCUCUGCCCUCCUGCCAGCCCGUUCAGUGUUUUCAGCCCCCGAGACAGGAGGACCUUGUGAUUUACACACUGAAGUUGUGGUAUAAUGUGAAUGAAACUCUGGUCUACUUCUGCAAGCGUGGUGGCCCUCAAACCUCAGGUUUAGAAACUACCUGCUCAGCUAAUGGCACUUGGGUACCACCACCCACCUGUAAAAAGCGUGAUACAUGUGAGAAGAUCCUUCAGAACAGGGAAGCUUUCCAGUGUGGAGUUCCUCUGGCAGAACUGAAAACUCUGCUGGAAGUCCACAAACUGUACCUGGAGAUCCAGAAGCUUGAAAAGGAGCUAAAAACCACAGCGGAUGGGGAGAGCAGCAUCAGCAUCCUCCUCUCUGUUGGCACAUCCUUGCUGGUGAGCUCAGGGGGGGCAGCCCUCGGCUGGGGGAGGUCAGAAGGGCUGGGGGGUGGCAGUGUCAGCUCCUCUGGCCUGUCCCCAACUUCCCACAGCCACUUCCCCUUCCCCAGUGCACUGCAGCAGCUCUCGGCUGGGAAGGGUCUCACCAUGCCGCUCCUCUGCUGGCUGGGGCAUCUCCUGGCAGUGGUGGUGGUUGUGCUGCAGCCGGCUGGGAGUCUCAAGGCUCAGUGCCCCAUCCCAGACAUCUCCCAUGGACAGCUGGGACCUGCACAGAACUUCACCUCGAGCAGCACAGCCAUGCUCACGUGCGACCCCGGCUACGUGCCCCUGGGUGCCACCAGCACCGUGCGGUGCCUGGCCAGCGGCAGAUGGUACCCACGGGUGCCCAGCUGCAUCCCAGGUCACUGUUCCUACCCUCCUGUCAUUGACCACACGGACCGAAACCCUCAGCGUGAGUUUUCAGUUGGGACAACCGUGACCUACUCCUGCAGACCCGGCUAUACUUUGCUCCCUGGAGUAUCUCCAGUAGCCACUUGUCUUCAGAAUCUCACAUGGACCGCAGUCCCAAAGCUUUGCCAGGAGGUGCAGUGUCCCAGCCCGGAUAUCCAACACGGGAGGGAAAUCAGUCCUAGGAGAGAUGAAUACACCUUUGGGCAGCAGGUGGAACUUCAGUGCGAGCAUGGCUACGUGCUGAGGGGCAGCCAGAGGAUCCAGUGCUGGUCUGAUGGGACCUGGAGACCCCCUGUGCCAUACUGUGACAAAGUCUGUGGCCCCCCUCCAAAACUCACCAACGGGCAGCACACCAGCUUGAAAACGGAGCUGUUCCUCUACGGCUCCGAAGUGAAGUACAGAUGUGUGGAGGGUAUGUCCCUCAUUGGGGACGACUCCAUCUACUGCACCUCUGAUGAUGGGGUGAGCUUGGCAUGGAGCAAACCUGCCCCGGAGUGCAGGGUGGUCCGGUGCCCCAGGCCCGUGGUCGAGAGGGGCAGGAUGAGCCCACAGAGAUUCACGUUUCCCUAUGGAGCAGUCGUGCGCUUCUCCUGUGACGAAGGCUUCGUGCUGCGUGGUGAUGCUGAGAGCCGGUGCCUGGCUGACAGCACCUGGCACCCUCCUCUGCCCUCCUGCCAGCCCGUUCUGUGUCCACAACCACACGUGGCCAAUGGAAGGCUGAAUAGCACUUUGGAUGGGAAAAUGUGGUACCAAACAAAUGAGACUGUUACAUUUGAAUGCUCCCAGGGAUACCACCUUUCAGACAUGUCUUCAACAGCCACAUGCUUGCCUGAUGGCAACUGGACACCAUUGCCCAAGUGUAAGAAGGAUGGUGAUGCUGAUGUAUGCCAAGAGGUUCAUUACAUUAAAGCAGCCUUCGAAUGCGGUGUGCCUAUAGCAGAAGUGAAAACUCUGCUGGAAAUACAAAAGCUGCUGCUGGAGGUUAAAAAACUAAAUGUGGAACUAGAAACCCUGAACAAGCCAUCCAUUGAGAAGCACACCAUGAGUUUCCCUACUGGAUCCAGUGUGACAUACACGUGCAUCGAAGGCACCAUCAAAAUCCCUGGGAGAUCAGACAUGGUGAAGUGCCUGCCCGGCGCACGCUGGUCCACACUGCCCGAGCCCUGCGGCCGGAGCUGCGCUGCCCCGACAAGGCUCAGGUUUGCUGCCCUCUCCGAGGUGGAUGAGAGCAUUAACUUCUUUCCCGUUGGGAGCAAUGUGAGCUACGUCUGCCGCCCCGGCUAUGAGAACACCUCGGAAAGCUCCCCCACCAGCACUUGCCUUGAAAACCUGGAGUGGUCACAAGCUGCUGAGCUGUGCAGGAGGAAAUCCUGUGGGGACCCAGGGGCACUGCCCGGGGGCAGGAUGGUCACACUGACAGACCUGCGGUUCGGGGCCAGAGUGAACAUGUUCUGUGAAGACGGGUACAGAUUGAACGGGAGUCAUUUCAUCCAGUGCCAGCUUAAAGGCAACGAUGUUGCAUGGAGUACACUUCCAACUUGUGAAUUAAUUACCUGCUCUUCACCUCCUCACAUUAGCAAUGGAAAACAUGAUGGGGAAGGCGUAAAAACCUUUGCUUAUAACUCCACCGUGACUUACAGCUGUGACUCUGGCUUCCAGCUCGUUGGGAAUGGGAGCAUCCGUUGUACCAGUACGGACAAAACAAAGGGAGUCUGGAGCAGAGCUGUGCCUGCGUGCAAAGGUGGUUUCCAGCUCCAGGAGGGGCCUUGCUCCCCGCCCUGCGGGGGCCGCUCCCGGCUGCGCACCCGCUGCUCGGCUCCGCUUGGGUCCUGGUCCCGGAGCGCCGCGGCGGUGAUGGGCUCCGGCCGCCGCCGCCCGCUCCUGCCCGCGCUGCUGCUGCCGCUGCUGCUGCUGCUGCCCGCGGCGUGGGGUGACUGUGGGCCACUGCCAACCAUAAGCAAUGCAGAGCCCCCGGAGGACCCUCAACACCGGGAAAGCUUCAGCGUCGGCUCCAUGGUAACGUACAGAUGCCGUGCGGGUUACACGAAGCUCCCCUUGCGCUCAGACACCAUCCAGUGCCUUGCCACCUCCCAGUGGUCCAACCUCCCGGAGUUCUGUGGGCGCAGCUGCCCCAGCCCACCCCGGGUGCUUUUUGCUAAAGUAUCACAACAAGAUGAAACCCAGAAUUUCUAUGGUGUUGGUACCACAGUGAAGUACGGUUGCCGCCCAGGCUACAGGAACACCACAGACCAGCUCCCCACCAGCACGUGCCUUGACAACUUAACAUGGUCAGAGGUUCCUCAGCUGUGCCAGACUAUUCCUAAUGGGAAGCAUAACAGCAGCAGGACAGAGGAGUUCACAUACAGCUCAGUCGUGAUGUACACGUGUGACCCUGGGCUCCAGCUUGUGGGGAAUGAGACCCUUCACUGUACAACAGAGAACGGGGUCAAUGGUGUCUGGAGCGGGCCUCCUCCGGAAUGCAGGGUGAGCACUAUGGCAGCAGCAAACCAAACCAAACCCUCGGAAGAAAAGACAGCAGAGAAUCCCCCCUGGCUAGUUCCUGCAGUAGUCCUUGGAAUUCUCAUUGGGAUCGUCAAGAGGCGGAAAGACAAUAAAACCCACCACACGAGGAGUUGCCACGCGUGUCCCAGCUGCGAGGAGCGGCUCCACGCUGCCCUGUCCCCCCGCGAACGCCGCGGCUGUGCCGCCUGCCAGCGCUGGCUCAGCUCCCAGCCCGCAGCACCGCCAACGUACUCGGUCACCAGCAUCGGCGAUGGGGAGAGCCAGAGCCCGGCAGGCACGAGCUCUCCUGCCAAAGCUGUGGAUGAGUGGAGGGGUGAUGGGACUGGAGGAGUUGUUCCAGAGCAAGGCAAGGCAGAGCAGCCCAUGGACCAUGAAAGCUGGAUGCGUGCUCACGUGGGUCAGUGUGAUACCAGCCCCGUGGUGCCCAGGGAGCAGCCCCAACAGCAGGAUGAGAGCCCACAAGGUCCCAUCUGCCUGCCCUGCACUGACCGCCUGCACCUCUCCCUUGUGCACAGCAACACCUGGAGCUGCUCCGUGUGUCCCCUGGCCACAGAGGGGACCCUGGUUCACCUCAUCCCCCCCGGCAGCCCCGGCUGCCACGGCUGCCCCAUCUGCACAGCACCCACCCAUGUGCACCUCUGCCAGGCACCCCAUGUGUGCUCCAGCCGUGACGAGAUCCGGGUCUGGCCGGGCCCCUCCCGGCCCGGAAAGGGCCGUUCCGGUGCGCAGGGGGGGCUGCGGGCUCCGGCGAUGGAGCUGCGCUGCCUCUGUGCGGUGCUGCUGGUGCUGCCCGGAGCCUGCGGGGACUGCCCGCAGCCGCCGCGGUUUGUCUUCGCGGAGCCCACAGCGGCCCCGCAGGAGCCCUACACCGUGGGGACCGCGCUGAGGUACAGAUGCCGCCCGGGGUAUACGAUGGCCGGGGGCAAGUCCCCAGUAGUCACCUGUGUCUCCAAUUCCAGCUGGUCGGCGGACCCCGACUUCUGCAUCGGGAAGUCGUGUGGACCACCAGACAUCAUGAAUGGGAACUUUGACUACACAACAAAUCUCCUGUUUGGGGCCACAAUAACCUACACUUGUAACACUGGGUACCGAUUAUUUGGGGCAUCCUCUGCGCAAUGUGUCCUUAAAGGCAAUGAAGUUACUUGGGAUAAGCUUCCAUACUGUGCCAUUAUUCCCUGUUUACCACCUCCUCCUAUCAAGAACGGGCAGCUCAACAGUGGGAACAGAGACUUCACCUUUGGCAUGGCCGUAACCUACAGCUGUAAUGAAGGGUAUGCUCUUAUUGGAGAUGCCACAAUUCACUGUACAGGGGAUGAAAACCAGGAGGGACAAUGGAGUGGUCCAGCCCCUGAAUGCAAAGUGGUCAAAUGUGAGAAUCCAGACGUGAAAAACGGGAGAAGGUUAUCUGGCUUCGGCCCUAGGCACGUGUAUAAAGAUACAGUGACCUUUGAGUGCAAACCUGGUCACUUCUUGAAUGGCAGCAGUGUAGUUACAUGUGAAGCUGACAGUACAUGGGAGCCACCUCUGCCAACGUGUGACCCGUUCCACUGUGGUCCUGCUCCACGCUUCCCUUUUGCUGAGUUAACAAGUGCUGUGGCUGAGGGCUUUGUUGCUGGAACUGAGCUGAAGUAUCAGUGCAAGCCAGGUUAUACUGCAGCAAGUGGGAAGUCCUCUGUUGUCACUUGUCUGCGCAAUGGAACUUGGUCUGCAGAUGUGGACUUCUGCGUACGACAGCAGUGUGCUCCUCCCACAAUAGAGAACGGGAAUGUCAUUGCAGAUAAUUUCCUGUUUGAGACAGUGGUGACAUUCACCUGUCAUCCAGGGUAUAAAUUAAAGAAGUCACCUUAUGCCAAAUGUGUGGUGUCGGGAAAAGGAGUCGACUGGGAUACAAGACCUCCAUACUGUGAAAUUGUUCUCUGUUUACCACCUCCUCCUAUCAAGAACGGGCAGCUCAACAGUGGGAACAGAGACUUCACCUUUGGCAUGGCCGUAACCUACAGCUGUAAUGAGGGGUUUGCUCUUAUUGGAGAUGCCACAAUUCACUGUACAGUGGAUGAAGACCUGAAGGGACGAUGGAGUGGUCCAGCCCCUGAAUGCAAAGGACUGCUCCCCAGUGCUCUCUGUGAAGAGCCCCCCAGGAUUGAGAAUGGGAUGCACAAUGGCACGAAGGGAAUGGGCUUUUCUCAUGGCACCGUUGUAGCUUAUAAAUGCAAGGAGGGCUUCACCCUUGCUGGAGCAGCCUUUCUUCAGUGCAUUGCAGGAGAUAAAUCCUGGGGAGACUGGAACAAGCCGGCUCCUGAAUGCAGAGGUGGAGCGAGCAUGAUCAUUGCUGGAAUCUUCCCCCUCCUGCUGGCAGUGCUCAUUAUGGACAUCUAGAUUAGGGAGUGGGCACAGCAGGAAGCACCUGAAGCUGUGUUGGACCUGCUCACACUGAUCCCAGUGCUCCCCUUGUCCCUCCUGUGAAACUGGUCUUGAAGAAGCAGCCAACAGACCUUGAAGGACAAAGCAACUUGUGUGCCGGGCUGGGAGGCUGGGAAUGCCAGUCAGGAAUCAAGUGCAUUAUCCCUGUGUGAAGCUGCAGUGAUGCCAGAGACCUUCAUGCUGCAAUAGAGUAGGCUCAAAGAAAGCCCUUCAUUUCAGGUACUGCCACAUGUGCAGUUUCUCAGCCCCAUGAAGGUCACUUUGUGCCUGGUCCUGGUCAGGAUUCGGGGUGUUCUGAGGUGGAGAGUGCUGCCAAGAGGAUUAACAGUGAAUGUCUUCACCUGAGUGAUACAUCCCUUAAAAAAUGAUUUGAUACAAAGAGGAUGCUUCGGUCUGUGAAUACUGAAGGCAUUGCAAAUGUUCCUACAUAAGCAGCGGUUCAAGGUGAGUCUGAACUGUUGUGAAAUAGCAAUCCUUAUGGAUCAGUAACUUAACUGGAGAGAAAACAAUUUAAAUGCCUUAUUACAAAGAGCUAGUGUUCUCACUGUUUGCUUGAGUUAGCUUUAAACUGUGGCUGAAUAGCUCUGCCAUGGCACUAUCUUUGUAUCACGUUGAGGCUCUUCUGCAAGUACCUCACACAAACACCCUGUCUCUGCAAUGGCUUCAUGCUUUCCUGAAGCUUUAAGUGGGCUGAAAGCCCCAUGAAGGACACAGAGAGGGGAUGCUCAGGGGCAGUAGAGCUCAUCCAUGGGCUUGAGGUAUCUGUAUUGAAUGUGGAACUUGCAGGUGUCUUGGCAGAUGCCACCCAGCACCAGGAAACUGCUGCAUGUGAAUCUGUUCACUUCUCCUCACACAUCACCUGCCUGGGGCAGGUGAUGGGGGGAUGCUGCUGAGUUUGCACUGAAUCAAUGCUGAGUUUGCACUGCAAAGGCUUUUUCAGGUGGUGCUGUGCACCCCAACAAUGCUGGCUCAGCCCCAGGGUGCCUCAGGACUGCUGUGAUGCUGUACCCCAGGUACGCACAGAGGCACAGCAAGCCAAAGCCUUAAUUUACUCCAGCAGGACACAAACCCCAUGGCUUGUGUGUGCUUUGUUUUCAUCCUGUUUUACCUGACCUUAGUUGAUCGUUGUGUUGAGAGUGGUUUGCAAACGUGGAUGGAGGUGGGUGUGGAAGCUGUCCCAUCCCUAACUUGAGCCAGGCUUUGGCAGUGCCAUGAGGACAACUUGGAUAACGGGGCCCAACUCACCUUGCCUGAACCAAAGAUGUGCAAAAGUGCCCUUGAUUUAUUUGGUUGAUGACAGCCCACUGUGUGGUGCUGCUGUCCUUGCCUGGUUUUAACUUGGCCCUGCUAAAUCAUCUCUUAGUAAGCUAAAGAGUUGCGUAAACUGA